CGCGUUUGAUGAUCUCGUAUCGAAUGGCAGAUUCGAGAUUUGAUUUCUCUCUCGCGGAAUAAUCGAUAAUUUCUUUUGGUAGCUCGACAGAGCUCAUCCAAAGAAAUAGGUGUGUGACUGCAGUGAAACUACAGUUCUUCAAUUAAACAAUUUUAUUUUAGAUUAAAACUGUAUUUUUAAUAAUAAUGGAGCCGUAUGACAUGAUUGUCAAUCAACCAGUGGUAAUCGACAAUGGUUCUGGUGUUAUCAAGGCUGGUUUCGCGGGUGACCAAUUACCAAAAUGCAGGUUUUCAAAUUACAUUGGAAGACCAAAGCAUGUACGCGUUAUGGCUGGAGCUUUAGAAGGAGAUCUUUUUGUGGGUCCAAUAGCAGAGGAACAUCGUGGUCUAUUAUCAAUACGCUACCCAAUGGAACAUGGUGUUGUCACAGAUUGGAAUGACAUGGAAAGAAUUUGGACUUAUGUUUAUAGUAAAGAUCAAUUAGCUACUUGUUGCGAGGAACAUCCAGUUUUAUUAACAGAAGCACCGCUUAAUCCAAGAAAAAAUCGUGAAAAAGCUGCUGAAAUAUUUUUCGAAUCAUUCAACGCACCAGCAUUAUUUGUCUCAAUGCAAGCUGUACUUAGUUUAUAUGCCACAGGAAGAACUACAGGAGUAGUUUUAGAUGCUGGUGAUGGUGUAACACAUGCAGUACCAAUUUAUGAAGGUUUUGCUAUGCCUCACAGUAUAAUGAGGGUAGAUAUAGCAGGUCGAGAUGUUACAAGACAUUUACGAUUAUUGCUACGCAAAGAAGGUAUUAAUUUUAAAACCACAGCUGAAUUUGAAAUCGUUAGAACAAUUAAGGAAAGAUCUUGCUAUUUGGCAAGUAAUCCUCAGAAGGAAGAAACUAUUGAAACUGAGAAAUUUCAAUAUGUUUUACCUGAUGGCAGUCAUUUAGAGAUUGGUCCAGCUAGAUUUAGAGCUCCUGAAGUACUUUUCAGACCGGAUCUAAUCGGUGAAGAGUGUGAAGGAAUUCAUGAAGUAUUAAUGUUCUCCAUUCAAAAAUCCGAUUUAGAUUUGAGAAAAGUUUUGUUACAAAAUAUUGUUUUAUCUGGUGGAUCCACACUCUUCCGUGGUUUUGGUGAUAGACUGUUAUCAGAAAUUCGUAAAAUGGCAUCAAAGGAUAUAAAGAUCAGGAUAUCGGCUCCUCAAGAACGUUUAUACAGUACUUGGAUUGGAGGAUCCAUUUUGGCCUCUUUAGAUACAUUUAAGAAAAUGUGGGUUAGUAAAAGAGAGUAUGAUGAAGAUGGUAUUAGAGCAAUUCAUCGUAAAACAUUCUGAACAUAAAUUUAGUGAAUAUAAAAUCUUUCAGGUAAUAUAUGAAAUAUAAUUUUAAGUAAAACACAAAUAAUGGCACACUCGAAACAAACAAACCAUAUUUAUCAUGUUAUUCAUACUUUCGCAAACUUAGGUUUUUCUUACUUUCUUUCUUUCUUUCUUUCUGUCUUCUUUUUUUUUUUUUAAUUUUAUUUUAUUUGCGCAC